AUGCAUGGCUCUUUCAGCACUGCGGGUCCAACGCUGUGCACAAGGUUGGAGAAUGCUGUGAAGAAGUCAGACACACACGGAGCUCUGUGUUCUCACACAGCCCAAAACGGCUUUGUGCUCUUGCUGUGUGUGCUGCACUCCAAUGCCCAGGAAGAUUACUCUGGUGAAGACCAUAAUGGAUAUGGAAUAGAGUCUGGAGACCCACAACCUGUGGACUACCAUCCUGAGACUACACACACCUAUGAAGAUGAGCAGACAGUGUCUGCAUAUGACCCCUACAAUCCUGCUCCUCCAGGAGUCACCAUGAUCACAGAGGAGACCUACCCAUAUGCCAGCACCACCGAGUCAUAUGACUAUGCCAAAGAGGUGACUACUCUGACCACCCAGGUCCCGUAUGGAGAGGAUGCUGAUCUGGGGGAGGAGGGACCCACUGAGUGUGACUGUGAACCAGGCGAGCCUGGGUUUGCUGGCUUUCCUGGUCCCAAGGGAUCCAUAGGGCCACAAGGAAAGCAGGGACUCCCUGGUGCUCAAGGCAGGGAGGGUUACAAAGGAACCAAAGGAGUUCGAGGACGAGGAGGAGAUCCAGGCCCUGAUGGUGAUCCUGGACCUGAUGGAGAGGAUGGUGAAUCUGGAUUCUCUGGUGCAAUGGGUUUACCUGGGCUUCCUGGAGACCCAGGUGAGAGGGGAGAGCCUGGAUUAAAGGGUGAUAUUGGGAUGGAAGGUCCUCAUGGAGGUGUUGGACCUCCAGGAGAGAGAGGCCCAGCCGGUCCAAUUGGCCUACCAGGAACUGUGGGUCAUGAAGGUAUUAAGGGAUCAAAUGGAAAACCUGGGAAGCAGGGGCCUCAGGGACGACAAGGACCAAAGGGUCAGAGUGGAGCACCUGGUUUUCCUGGGGAUGUUGGGGAACAGGGUUACACCGGUUAUCCAGGAAUAUCAGGAGACAGGGGACUGCCAGGGCUAAAGGGUGAUGAAGGAAUUAGUGGCUUUCCAGGAAGUGAUGGAGAGUCUGGAGAGGAUGGUCCAAUAGGAGUUCCAGGAAUUGAAGGGCCACCAGGGUCAAUUGGACCAAAGGGUUUGAAAGGGGAACGUGGACCGAGGGGACGUCCCGGGAGAGUGGGGGCUGAAGGCCCACAAGGGGAAACCGGCAAUUCAGGGAUUCCAGGAAAGCCAGGUCCCAAAGGCCUGAAAGGUCCAGCUGGUCCCAAAGGGGAAACCGGAUCUGAUGGCAUUAAGGGUGACAUAGGAAGAAAAGGCCUGAAGGGUGUUAAGGGAGAAAAGGGAAGUUCAGGUUCUCAUGGUGACAAAGGGCAGCAAGGACAGAAAGGCUAUCCUGGACCUGUUGGACCCGUUGGUCAUGUUGGACCUCCAGGUGUCCCCGGCCCCAGAGGUGACAUUGGUCCUGCUGGAGACAUGGGUAUGAAAGGACACAGUGGACCUAAAGGAAAGCUGGGUGAACCUGGCCCUAGUUUGACAGAUGAGCAAGUUCUCCAGCUGUGUCAAGGUGUGAUCACUGCUCAGAUCUCCCAGUAUGCCUCCUCUAUUCGAGCUAAAUGUUCACAAGGCUGUCCUAUCAACAACCGCACCUUAAUUGGACCACCAGGACCCAAAGGGCCUCCUGGGAAUCCAGGCAAAACUGGCAAAGCUGGCAAACCUGGAGCGAAAGGAGCCAGAGGGCCUCAAGGAGUAACAGGUGUAGAAGGACAGAAAGGAGCACAGGGUGAAAGAGGAAGAAAGGGUCAAAAAGGGCAGAAAGGUGAUCCCGGCCAAGGACUUCCUGGGCAAGAUGGUCACCAGGGCCUCAGAGGUCUUCCAGGUCAUCCAGGAGUGCCUAGGAAUGGACUUGAGGGACCUCAAGGACCUCGUGGGUUCCCAGGUCCUGUGGGUCAGCCAGGGAUGGCUGGUAGUCCAGGUGUACCAGGAGUGUGUGAGGCGCGGGAUUGUAGCAUUCAUGCACCUGUUGUGCACAAAGAGCAAGGACUAAUAAAGGGCCCUCACAGUUCUGAGAUUUAAGUACAAACGAGGAUCCGUAGCAUUCGGCUUGCUCCACAAGAAUAAUGUAACCAAGCAGCUGUCAAGUGCACAUUUUGAAAGACAUAACGGGAGAGAAAAAGCUGAGCCAAACCACCCUGAGAACUUUAUCAUUGUCAUUUUAACAAUCUGACUCUGCAUUUUCUCAGAAGAAAAGACACACGACUGAAUAAAUGUAUUGAUGUGUAUAAACUCAA